CGAUAUCGUGUCAACACUUGCAUUCCAGAGGGUGCAUGUGAUAGAUCAUCUAGCUGUUAAUGGUUUCUUUAAGGUCGAUGGGCGUCUAACCAACUGAGGGAGUUAAAAUAUUUAGGCCUACACACUGUGCAUUAGGCGCUUUCAUUCUUAAAACUAGUGGAACUAUUAACAGAUGACUCUAUAAAAGUAUUUCUUGUUGACAGAGUAGAAUAUAUGAAGAAAAUGGCAAUAUCAGUAGAUCUAUGGACCUUUAAUGUCACUGAGGAUGAGGAGUUACUACAGUAUAUUGAUCCAAAGUUACUCAGUUUAGAUUAUGCAGACAGAGUCAUCCAAAUAAAGAUCAUCAUAGCUGCAUUCAUUUUUGUCACAGUGCUAUUUAUAGGAUCUUUGAUUGUUUGUAAUUUAUUUCCUGCCUUUAGGGCCUUGGUACUAAAACACCAAAUCUUCAUGAGCCUAGCCAUCGUCAGAGGUGUUUACGGUUUCUUCAGUAUAGUCAUUGGGGUCUAUGCUAUUUUUAAGACCACUGACCUUGACAGGGAUGUUGUUUUUGGUAAAAAUGCUACUAGCUCAUUUGCCAUGUGCAUAACUGUGGGCUUUUUCCUGUUUGAACUGACAGCUGUUGUUUUGUCUGAUAUAGCUUUCAAGACAUUCUCCAAGAUGCUCAUUUUGCAUCAUGGGCUAGCUUUGAUUGCAUAUUCUCUGGCUGUAAAGCUGGGCGCUAACUAUGCGUUUGGGUGCAAAGGAAUGAUCUUGGAGAUGAGCACACCCUUCUCCUGCCUGUGUUAUGUCCUGUUAAAAGCAGGAUGGGAAAACUCCAAGGCUUGGGUCAUCAACCAGAUGAUUCUGGUCCACACUUUCCACCUGCGGAGUGUGGUGGAGUGCCACCUGUGGGUGGUGACAUACUUUAACUGGGAAAAUAUUUACUCCAACAUGCCGACUGUUCUCCUUGUCCUGCUGUACACCAACCUGACUCUCGUCACCUUCAUCAUGACGCCUUACUGGGGAUACAAGAAGACGCAACAGCUGUUUAACCCUGUGGACUGGAACUUUCAAGAGGAGCGCAACACAGACGGUAUCACAAGCAAUGGCUCAGUGAAGAAAACGGAUUAAGAAUUGUGCUAACCUAGUCAUAUACAUAUACUUACUCUUUGUUAUAACUUCAGAGUUAUUAUAUACUCAUUCUUCAUUAUAAUUUCAGGGUUCUAUUUUUAUAAGCUAAUUUUGUAUUUUUGCUUGAGAUUUUCACUUUCAAAAAUGUCUUCAAAAUAUUUAUUUUUUCGUUGAUUCUUGUCGUUCUCUCUUUUUGUUUUCUUUCUUGUGGAUAUUAACUUUCUAGUCUUGUACUCAACCAUGGGCUCUAAAUUCUUUUACAUUACCGGGUUUUUUUUUUUUUGUGUUUGUUUUUUAUGUUUUCCAAGCAUUAAAAGGAAUAUAUUGAGCUAAGGGAAAAAAAUAACUCAAAUGUAAAUCUAUAGCAUACAAGUAGAUUAGAAAAACAAAAUUGCAUGUCAUAUUUUUAUUUAAAUGGACUUCCAACCCUUAAAAUUAUACAGAUUAUUAUGGCCCUAGAGUCUUAACUUGUGGGGGUUUUUUUUGACAGUUGUCAUUGGUUAAUAUGCAUGACUAAAUGCAUGACGCGUAGGACGUAAUCAUCUUCUUUUUUUGAAGUAACGUCUGUAUUAUAUAAGUUAAGAUAAGAUAAUGGGGCCCAAUUGCCUUUGUGUUCCUGUUUCGGUUUUCGAUGUUUAUAAUGCGGUAUUUCUCUGUGACGCCUAGAAUCCUUCUUCAUUGCAAUUGAUAUUUUAAACAGUAAAGUGGAACAUUAUACAAACUAUUAAAUAUGGCAAUGGAUAGCUCCUUGAUAAUGUGUUGUGAGCUUUUAACUAUAUUCAUGAUGGUCCCAAUUUUCAGCUCUGUCUGAUAUUAGGAUUAUCCCAUGCUGUCCUGCAGGAGAAGUCAAAAUCUUCACAAUUGAGAGAGUUUACCAUAGCUGUCUCAAAAACAGAAUCUUACGACUACAGUCUCGACACACAUUUUGUAUAAGAACUAUGUUUUUUUUUCAUCACUUUACAAAUGUUUUAUUAUAGAGUGUAUUUUGCAAUAUUUAUUUUCUUAAGUAUUUCUUUAAAUAAAACAAUUAUUAUUUCUACUGCUUGGUGUUGACUUAUCAAUAAAGAACAAAAAUAUUUAUCUAAUAAUUGAAAAUAUUAUUUAUACUUAAAGCUUUUGUUUUGAUGCAGUAUUUUUUCCAGAUUACACUUGCUAAAUAAUCUUUAGAUUUGUUUGAAAAUGUUUAAAAUAAUCUAAUUAAGUAGUUAAGGACUUAAAGAGUGUUUAUUAUCGAUGUAAAAAUAGCUUUACAAUAACAUGAAUACAUCUAAUGCUCAUUGUAUACCCAAAUCUAUGUUUGAUAUUAUUGAGUUUUUUUGUUUUUUUUUGGGGGGGGGGUUGUUGCUUUUUUUUUUUUUAUAUUUGUAUUUGAGUGUGGAUGCAGGGUCAUAGCUUAAUAGUUUACAAAUCUAAUAAGAAAUGUUUACAAUGCUUAGUAGCCACAAUAGUUGAUGUACUCUUAGUGAGCAUACAUAUUGAAAUGUUACAGUUGUUUGUACAUUUUCACAUACAAAACAUCAGGAGCACACAACCUGAGCAGGUAAUUUUGUUACUACUCUUAAAAUUUGUACCAUGUCAGUAAAAUGCUAUUGUUGAAAAAUAUUUUAUCAUUUUUUUUUAUAUCUGUAAAGAAAGAAAGGGUUAGAAAUUGCUGUUCAAUUUUCUAGCAAUAACAUGGAAUAGGGUUUAUACCUGUUUUCAGUAAGUCCUAAAAUACUCUUUUUUUACACAAUCAAGUCAGCACUAGUUGCUCUGGAAGCACCAUGUUCUUCUAUCAUGUCUUUUUACUCCUUCCAUGUCUAAUUAUUUUUAGUUCUGAGCUAAACAUUAUUUAUUUUGAUUGUUUGGUCAAUGCCUGUAAUUGUUCUAAUUGUUGCAUACAAUUUUUGCAAAUAGGCGUUUGUAAAUAUUUCAUUUUCGGCUCAAGAUUUGAAUAAAAGAUGGUUAUUUUUAUAGUUUAUCACCCCCUAAUUUUUUAAACUUGCGGGAUGUGGUCGCAGAGUUGAGUGCUUGGCUGUCCAGCCUAGAGUCUGAAGUUUAAAUCCAUUUAGAGGUUGAGAUUUUCAUGAGUCGCUAAGAUGCUCUUGCGUUCACACAUCUCUCUAAUGAUUGGGCAACCUACAACAAGUUGCUUUUAGAAAGGGAACACUCCUAAGUAUACAAUGUCAUUCCAACCAUAGCUCAAGUCCAGGUUUCCAUCUCAUCAUGUGUUAUCUGAUCUCUAGUGUUAAGAAAACUUGAAGUUAUUGUUCUGAUUUUAUAAAAUCCAAUAUACUUGAUUUUCAAAUGAUAUUGAAAAAAAACACAAGUCUUGCUUAUUAUGAAGCAAAAAAUAUCUGAUGAAGAAAUUUAUUUCAAGUUUAUUGUAUGUUGUUUUUUUUUAAAUUAUUCUAUGUGCAAGGUAAUAUAAGUUCACUGAUGAUAAAUUAUUUUGAACAAAAUACAUGUAUGGUAGUGUGUCUAAAAUAUCAUUUACUAUUUACCACUGAAUUCAAACUUUCACAAAUUUUGGCAUCUCUACUUAGACUUGGCUCAAUGUGCAUUAAAUAUAAAUUAGUCACUACAGUAAAAUUUGGUUUCUAAAAUGUUUAUUACUUACAUUAGCCUGACUGUAUUAUUGUAAUUAAUUUAUUCAUGUAAUCAAUUGUAAUUACAUAUGUCAUUGGUAUUAGUAUAACAUUUGUUACUUUGUAAUUACUUUGUAUUGGAAUUCGUCUAGACUAAGUUAUUGAAACUGGCUUAUCCACAAACUUUUGAGUUGUCACUUGUAGUGUGGUGAUAUCUGUGUCUUCUUCCAAUUUGGAUGAGAGCUGAAUUGGGUGAAGGAGAUUUACUGUUGUUUACAUUUGCGUCAAAAUGCAGCUAGAACUUUGUUUACUUGACAUGUGACCAAACUUAAUGGUGUCAGAAGUGUAUACACACUAAUUGAAUAGGCUUUCUGCUGAAUAUCUGGAUUUAAGACGUUGUCUUUCUAGGAAAUACUCAUAUAAAUUACAAACUUUGGUACCUUUGUAUUUUGUUAGAAUCAACCUAAACAAUGAUAGUCAUGAGAUGUAUGUGACUGAAUUUUUAUGAAAAUGUAUGUACCAAUAUUUAUAUUUAGCUGUUGAUAUUCUUGGUAGCAAUACUCAAAUGAACAUAACUGUGUGGUAAUUUCUAUUUUUCAAUAAUUAAUUUAUUUUUGAUGUAUAAAUAUGUUCUCCUUAAAACUUUUUCAUUUUGAAAUUUUUUUAUAAUAAAUAAAGUAGACAGUUGUACAGCACUAUUUGUAGGUAUUAGAAUUAAAGUAGACAAUAUUUUCAUGCA